AUGAGUAAUGCAGAGCUAGAAGCCGACGAUGAAAAGUUAUCUGAAUCUGAAGAGCAUAAAUUGAACCUCUUUCAACGUACUUGGCGAGGGUUAAAAGCAGCUUUGAUGGGAACGCUAUUUGUAAUGGCGAAGGACAGCAGGGUGUCGUUCAAAUUAAAUUUGUUAGGAAUGGUCAUUGAUACCCUCCAGCUACUUUCUUUUCCGUUCAAUGACCGAGCAGAGUUUCCCUGAAAUCAUGAAUAUUCAGAGCUGUUUGCAGAGAUUUGCUAUUAUUUAAAAUUUGAGUUUUAUUUAUCAGAAGAAGAUUAUAUGAGAAAUCUGGUUAUAUAAGGAUCCCCCCCUCAUUUAUCCAAUUUUCUAGUCUUUUAUCAUUUGUCCAUUUUUCUAGUUUUUUUUAUAGGAAAAAAAAUUUUUUUUAGAACUUCAUUUGUCUAAUUUUCUAGUCAAAAUUUUGAUAGAAAAAAAAAAAAAAAUUUCAGGACCUCAAUUGUCUCAUUUUCUAGUUUUUUUAAAGUAAAAAACUAAAAUUUAGGACAUUCGAAAAAUCCAAAAAAGACUAGAAAUGGGACACAAAUCAUUUUUGACUAGAUUUUGGGACAAAUGAGGUCCUGAAAAAAUUGUUUUCUAAGAAAAAAAGACUAGAAAAUUGGACAAAUAAGGGGGGGGAUCCUUACAUAGUUUGCAUGUUUUUCGUCUUCGCAAAUUUGUUGAAUUUUGGGAUAGUUGGCUACAGAUUUAUCAAUAAAAGAAUCCAAAACGUUUUGCUGUUGAAGAUGCUGAGAUCGGUCUCCUCACUUUUGACCACUGUCUUAUACUUACCAUUUCAAACUCUUUUUAUUGUCAUUUUAAGCUGUGCUGUAGGAAAUAUGGAGAUGGAAGGAUGUCCGAAAGAGCAAAGCUGGCUGCUUAUAGCUUCUUCCACAAUAAUUUCAAUUAUAUUUGGUUUGCUAAGCUUGAUUGUGGCUGCAAGCUUUUAUGAAUUGGAAUAUACUAGUGAAGAUAUCGCAGCUAGGCCGCAUGCGAGAGUUGAGUUGAUAUUUUUGAUGAUCAAAGCUGUUAUGAUAUUUUUUAUCAACUUCUAUUAUGAAAAGGAAUACUAUGUGAUGCUUGAUAUCGUGUUUUUACUUACUCCAACUCCGUGAACAAAACCACUUGGAUAAGGAGUAAUAUUCAAUUUUUUAUGAAAAAAUAUUUUGAUAUAUAAGCGAUAAUUAUUAUAGUGAAAUCUAGCUAAUUCUGCUUGCAUUUUAAAAACUAAAUUUUGCAAAUUAAAUUAAUUUACUUUAAAAUUAUUUCGAAUUGGAUUUAAAAGGUGUUACUAUAAAAUUUAUAUAAAAUUAAAAGAAAUUAGCCCCACGGAAGGGAUAGUUAGUGGUUUAAUAAUGACUUUUUUGUACAUUUAUUAUAUGCCAUUUUAUGAUUACCGGACAUGUGUAAUUCAGACACGAUUUUUAGGAAUUUUCACCUGGGCUACUAUUUGUUUAACAAUCGCUCUUAUACUCGACGAUCAUGAAAAUCCUGAACCUGUAACAAUGUUUUAUAUAGGUUCCCCUUGCAUGUGGAUUCUAAUUGGAGAAGCCUGCAAUUGGCGUCGGCGGGAACUAUUGAAGAAAACUAUAAACACCAUUCGAAAUCCUUAUGAAGUUGAACUUCAUACAAGAUUCAUGAUACUUGAAAAAGUUGGAUCAUAUAAGACCAAAGAUACACAGCUGCUUGACGAAAUUGAAGAAUUUUACUACCAAGCUGAAAGAAAAUUCCCAAAAUCCAGUAUUUUAAAAAUUUUUGUUGCUCAAUUUCACUUGACUUACUCCCCUCUACCUUUAAAUUGGAACAAAAAUAUUUGCUAAAUUUCCAUUUUUUGAGUGCAUAAUGCCCUAUAAAUUGGAACAAUAGGAAAAUUUUAUAGGUAAAAAUACUAAUAUUUAUAAAAUUAGUUUUGAACUAAUUAACGGAAAAAAUUCAAGUAUAGCUCAUGAACCCAUAUGGAUCGACCUCAUUGAAAAUGUAACCGUUCUAAUGGACUUCAUAUCUUGUACAUCUUAGACUAGACCCCUCACUAUUCAGAGAAAUAUUCAGAUUAUAAUAAAAAAAAAUCCCUCGUUUUAAACUAGUUCAAUAUAGUUUUAUAUAAUUGAUUUUUAUUAUUAAUUUGAAAAAUUUUUUAAAAAUCAGCAUAAGGUUUUCGCAAAAUGAUGUCAUGGCAUAUUUUGUACUUAAAAUAGUGUUUAUCUCUUGAUGUUUGAAAAAUAAGAUUUUCGCGGUAAAAUGAUUUGACCCAAAUAUGGAAAUUAAAGAUAGCGAGUCAAAAACUUUUUGACAAGUGUGAACCAUUUUGACAAUUAACGAGCCAAAUUUUAAAAAUAUCUUUAUUAUUAAAAUUAAAUUUCUAUUAUGAUAUGAUUUUGAAAAAAAUGGAUAGAAUAUUUAAUUUAACUUAAAAUAAGUUUAAUUAAUAAAAAUUAAUAUUUAUUAGUAUCCCUUCUCCACUAAGCACUCCUUGCUAGACAAUGAUAUCUUCCAUAUCUUCUUCUUCGGCAAUCAAAUUGUCCACUUCUAAUUCCUCAUCUUCGACUUCUUCUUUCUUACCUUCUAUGCUGCAAUACUUAUUCCUUUAUGUUUAAUUUGUUCAAAUAUAAAUAAUAUUUGUUUUUAUGCUUUCUUCAGAAUCGAUGCUUAGAUUUCUCAGUCUCUUUCCAUACCAAUUUUGAUUGCUGCUUCUUUCCCUUUGAAGGUUGAUGAUUCUUUGAAAAGUUGUUAACGACUCAUGUCAUGUCCUUUAGACUAUAGAAAAUAAAAAAACUUGUGAAUCGAGUUGUGUCAAGGCGAAUGGAUAGAAUUUCGUAAAAACAUGCGAGUUUUAUUACGAUCAAUGGUACUCUAAAAGCCAAAGUUCCCAGUGAAGGCUGAUUGUUCUCUGCAAAGUUGUUUACAACUCAUAUCAUGUCCUUUAUAUAUAAAACCAAAAACUUGUUAAUCAAGUUGUGCCAAGGCGAAUAGAUAGAAUUUCGUAAAAAAACAUGCCACUUUUAUUACGAUCAAUGGUACUCUAAAAGCCAAAGUUCCCAGUGAAGGCUGAUUGUUCUCUGCAAAGUUGUUUAUGACUCAUGUUAUAUAUUUUUAAUUAAAAAUAAAAAUUUAAUAAAUAAAUAAAUAUUUUUUAAAAACUUUAAAAAUAUAUUAAUUAAAAUUUUUUUAUAAUGACUUAAGUCGUUAACAACUUUGCAAAGUAUCAUUAUCCUUCGAUGGGAACUUUGGCUUUUAUAGCGCCAUUAAUCAUUAUCAAACUGGCAUGUUUAUAGGAAAUUCUAUCUAUUCGCCUUGGCACAACUUGAUUAACAAGUUUUUGGUUUUAUAUAUAAAGGACAUGAUAUGAGUUGUAAACAACUUUGCAGAGAACAAUCAGCCUUCACUGGGAACUUUGGCUUUUAGAGUACCAUUGAUCGUAAUAAAACUCGCAUGUUUUUACGAAAUUCUAUCCAUUCGCCUUGACACAACUCGAUUCACAAGUUUUUGAUUUUUAAUAUAUAAAGGGCACGACAUGAAUCGUCAACAACAUUGCAAAGAACAAUCAGCCUUCAUUGGGAACUUUGGCUUUUAGAGUACCAUUGAUCGUAAAUAAAACUCGCAUGUUUUUACGAAAUUCUAUCCAUUCGCCUUGGCACAACUCGAUUCACAAGUUUUUGAUUUUUAAUAUAUAAAGGGCACGACAUGAGUCAUUAGCAACAUUGCAAAGAAUCAUCAGCCUUGACUGGGAACUUUGGCUUUUAGAGCAUUAUUGAUCAUAAUAAAACUUACAUGUUUUUACGGGAUUCUAUCUAUUCGCCUUGGCACAACUUGAUUAACAAGUUUUUGGUUUUAUAUAUAAAGGACAUGAUAUGAGUUGUAAACAAUUUUGCAAAGAACGAUUAGUCUUCACUGGGAACUUUGGCUUUUAGAAUACUAUUGAUCGUAAUAAAACUCGCAUGUUUUUACGAAAUUCUAUCCAUUCGCCUUGGCACAAUUCGAUUCACAAGUUUUUUGAUUUUUAAUAUAUAAAUGGCAUGACAUGAGUCGUUAGCAACAUUGCAAAGAUUCAUCACCCUUCACUAGGAACUUGGGCUAUUAGAUUACCAUUGAUCAUUAUAAUAUUGGCAUGUUUUUACGGAAUUCUAUUCAUUCGCCUUGGAAUAAUUUCAUUCACAGUUUUAAUAUUUAAUUUUAAAAAUUUACAAUAGCAAAAUUCAACAUGAUCACGACGAAAACAAGCAAAAAUCUUAUCGAACAAAUUAAAAUUUAGCCAAAUGAUGGAGCUUUGCAGUCAAUACAACUAGUUUCUGCAAUUUUUCAAUUUAAAUAUGUAUCUUAAAUUAAAUUUAAUUUUGAUAAUAAAGAUAUUUUUAAAAUUGGCUCGUUUAAUUGUCAAAAUGGUUCACACUUGUCAAAAAGUUUUUGACUCGCUAUCUUUAAUUUCCAUAUUUGGGUCAAAUCAUUUUACCGCGAAAAUCUUAUUUUUCAAACAUCAAGAGAUAAACACUAUUUUAAAUACAAAAUAUGCCAUGACAUCAUUUUGCGAAAACCUUAUGCUGAUUUUUAAAAAAAUUUUUCAAAAUUAACAAAAAAACAAUUAUAUAAAACUAUAUUGAACUAGUUUAAAGCGAGGGAUUUUUUUAUUAUAAUCUGAAUAUUUCUCUGAAUAGUGAGGGGUCUAGUCUAAGAUGUACAAGAUAUGAAGUCCAUUAGAACGGUUACAUUUUCAAUGAGGUCGAUCCAUAUGGGUUCAUGAGCUAUAGGAUAUUAUUAAACAGUUUUACACUGAAUCGAUUAAUUUUUGAGUUAAUUUUUAAAUAAAUAGAAAAUUUAAUAUUAAUAUUUUUUAGAAAUUAAAUAAACUAUAGCAGAAUUUUUUGUUCCAAUUUAAAAGGGGAGUUACAAAAAUCGCCAAGAAGCUAUAGCAAAGCUUGAACAAGCUGAGCAAAGAAACCCCUUUCUAGAUGAACAGUUCAUUAUAUAUAAAACUAGACAGCAUGUAGGAAAAGAUGCGAUAACAAUGGUUACUUUUGCAAGCUACCUUGAAUCUGCCCACAUUGCUGAAGUUCAAUCUUUAUCAGCCCAAACUGAGUUCUGGCGUGAGCUUUCCAAAAAUAAAGCUCCUUCAUUUGAUAGCUUGACAAGAUUAGCAAAAACAAUUACAAAAAAUUUUGACACAGCUUACAGUCAUUAUCAGUAUUUGAUGAAUGUGGACAGAACUCACAAAAAGAUGCUCCCUAUGUAUGUGUAUUUUUUACAGGACUUAAUGCAUAGAGACGAUUUAGAAGUAAGAAAUUUGAGAAAUAGAGUUCAUGAUAUAAGAGCACAGGAUUCAGCCAAGCCGGUAUCAAAAGAUAUCUUUUUGAUGGAUCCUGAGUUAGAGAUCACUAUUGCAGGACACACAAGUGGGCAAGUAGAAAAAGUAAAUGCAAGCUUUUUGCUGUGAUUACAGUAUCCUAAGGCAUUGCUGAUUAACCAAAAUAUUAUUAAAUUUAUGCCUGAUCCAUUUGGAAAAGAUUUUAUUGCGAAAAUUGAUAUUUUUAAGGAUUAUUGGGAAGAUUUAAAUGAAAUCACGCCUGAUGAUGUGUAUUUUGUUGAUAAAGAUGGAUACAUAGUAUCAGCUCCUUGCAAAUUUGUAAUAGCUGAUGAUUUGCUUAAUAGAAGAAAAAGCUUGGCAUGAAAAGAUUCAUUGAAGCCUGGGGAUGGAGCUAGCAACCUCAGCAACUCAUUUAUGGAGGACCCAAAGCUUGGAAAUACCGCAGAUGCUAUUGCAUUUUAUCAAAGACCUAUGUUUCCUGAUCUUGCAAACAAGCUGACUUGCCAAUUCACAGUCAGUAGUUAUGAAUUCGCUUUAUUAAUCAUAAACUCAGACUUAAAAAUGAUAUAUUUCAACCGCCAAGCACAUUUCUACUUCGGCGUAAUCCCAGAUCUCCACGGCCACAAAGACAUUGGAGAGGUGAUUACCAACUUCAAAUACAUUUUCGAAAAAGCCAAACUAACAAUAAAAAGCCGAAAAUCUCGCCACCUAGACUACGAGCCCAUUCAGUCCUUUAUUUUGACUCCUAACGGCCAUUAUCUAAAAGUAAUCUUCCACAUCUCUGAGCAUUGCAUUGAAAAAAGUGUCUUCUAUAUAAUAAAAAUGUUCCAAGCUCCUCCAUACUCGAAGUCUACAAAUUUAUUUCUAACUCACUUUGCAAGGUGAAUCGAGUCAUCAAUUUCGCGCAGGAAUACCUGCACUGAGUCUGGGGUUGUAAAUCCAGAAAACACAGAAAAUGGCUUAAAAAGCACCAAAAAAAUCAUGAUGAAUAUAAGAAAACAGAUAGAAGAAAAGAACAAAAGCUUUUCACCUGAGCUGAACAGGCUUAGUUUAUUUUUCAUUCUGUUUGGCACUUUUAUGAUAACUGUAUUUAGCUUGAGUUUUUAUUAUGCUGAAGUGUCGUUUAAUACAUAUUCGGAUAGAUUAGAUUAUAUGGGCAGCUUGACAGACAUUCAAAACUAUAGUGUCUUGCUAUCGUUUUUUGUUAGGCUGCUUGAGGCUUCACAGAAAGGUCUUUAUAUGCCUGAAACUGUCGAUAAUAUUAUGACGCAAGCAGGAUAUGCUGCUAUGAAUUUAAGCACUUUGGCGUCAGAUAUGAGCAAUCAUGUAAGCUUUACCUGGCUUCAAAACUCUGAAAUUGGAUGCUUGAACUACGAUUCAACGAAAGGGUAUUAUAUUGAGAGCUUCAACCCUAUAAAUAGUAUAAUGCAGCAAGUCACUUUUACAAAAAAACUGCUUAAAUCAACAGGAGACGUUUGGGAUGUAGAAAAUAAUCCCACAGCUUACUGGGUCUUUGAAAAUGGGAUGAAUGCAAUUGCGAGCUCACUUGAUUAUUUGGCUGAUAAAUAUAAUGAUCAAGCUUAUGAUGAUAGAGAAACCACAAUGCUCUUCGGUCUUUGAUUUGCAUUAUCAGAAGUUGUACUCGUGGCUGCACUUCUUCUUUUCGCUAUUCCUUUGUUUUUUAAGUCUGAAAGAAUUCAUUUGGAGGUUGUAGGAGUGUUUUUCAGCAUAAACCAAAGAUUAGUGUCGUUUUUAGAAGAAGACACAAUAAAUAAGCUCGCCAUGAGAAAAGAUAAAUCAUACCCAGACUGCAGAGCGCAGUAUAGCGCUGGCGAAGAACUAUGAAAUGAAAUCAUCCUUUCUGAUAAAAAAUCAGAAUUAGGUUCAUUCACUAAUACAAGACAUAAGCUGAUUGCACAUAACAAAAAAUGCCUACCCAGAUUAAAAAUAUUGCUAACAAAUGGUCUUAUGCGGAGUAUUUUGAUCUUUUGCAUCGUUUCUUUGCUUUUUGUGUUAGUUCUUCAAUUUUGGGUAGGACAAAUGAUCCCAUUGAAUUUGCUCGAGCAUGGUGUUAGAAUUGUGAAGUAUUUUGGUACUGUAGAGGUGCUUUUAACAAGAACCAAUCUUUUCUUGUUAAACACAGUAUUGUCAACUACAACUGGAUACACUGGAGUUAUUGAAAUAAAUGGCACGUACGCGAAUGCUUAUUUAUCAAUUGAUUACACCACAUCUGAACUGAUGAAUGAAACUGACUAUUUGAGGAAUUACAUUGAAGUUCUGCUUGUAGGUAACGAUUCAAUGAAAAUCCCAUACCGUGACAUCUAUUCUUUAUCAAGAUCUGACUUUUAUAAUGAUUUGUUUGUAGAUAACUGUGAGUCCUUGAUAGGAGGAAUUGAUUGCACGCCUUUGAAAGAUAUUCUUGAUUCCGGGUAUAGAGAAUCAAUAAUGACGUUUAUAUUCGAUUCAGAGUUUAUAAUAAAGAAAACCUAUGGAAAUCUUUUGAACUUUACUGUUGAAGAUAGGUGGGAUGACCUAGGGAAGGAUUUGCUAAGAGCACUUGAGCUUGAAUAUAAAUAUUUAUGACUGAUGGGGAAAGGUGUUCAAAAUAACGUUCUAGAUGACUAUCACGCAAUUUUAAGUCGCUAUUUUUUGAUAAGAGAAUAUGUAUUAAUUAGCUUCUGCUUGAUGACUUUCUUUUAUUUUAUCCUCAGUUUCAGAAGGGCAUUGCUAAAGCAAGAAAGAAGGAAGCGACUGUCAAGGUCCAUGCUCCUACUUUUACCUGAAAAAAUCAUUGUCAGGUCUCAGGAAGUGCAAGAUUAUUUGUGUCAUAUAAAUUUGGACUAA